AGAUGUCGCAUGUAUAGACGAAAUUGAUCGCUCGAUGUACAGUGUCUAAAUUUCAACCUCCUAAAUGGAGGAUUAAUUUGUAAAUAUUUUAAUCGUAGUGAGAGUUUUAAUUAUCGUUGUGAUAUAAAAUAAGUCAGUGACUGUAUUAUAAACGUGAUCACUUAUUUUACGUACCCGGGUUAUGAAGUAGAAGUACUUCAUUUUCGAUUGUUUUGUUUGUUGUUUCAUCCAGUUUCAUUUAUUUAUUAAUUUUUUCUCUCAAAAAUAAAAGUGAAGGUGUUGCCGGCAUUUGACAAAUCAUUACUACCUUGGAUCGUUUCGCUUACUUUCAACAUUUUUUGCAUCUAUAAAUGAAGUGGCUCGGUGGCGGAGAGUCAACAGAAAUGUUGAAUCAAACUAAUGGACAUGCACCGCAAAUGAUACGCCAAUCUAACUCCCAGGUACCAAUCGCGCCAGGUAAUUCGGAAGAUCUUCGUCAAAUGCCAAUGUCGCGCUCUCAAGAAGAUGGUAUGGUGAGCUACAUUUUCCACAAUCCUCAAUCUGAGCCGGAAUAUUUAAUGCAGCAUCCUCCGCAGCCGUUUGAAAAAUCGCUUCAGCAACCGCAGCUGGCUCCGAUGAGAUGGGCUCUCGGAGAUGAUGUCCUUGUUGAUCAUCAUCCGCAGCAUCAACAGGCACAACAGCAGCAUCAACAUCAGCAUCAACACCACAACGAGGGAGCUGGAGAACCAAUGAUGUUUCCUCAUGGACCGCACCAUCUUGGCCCACCCCCGGGCAUCAUUCAGCACCAGCCCCAUUUGCAAAUGCAACGCAACGGACAAAUCGCGCCCUCGGCUAAAAAGCUGUGGGGUGUAGAAGAGGUGAAAGAAGACGGUCCAAAAGGAAUACUUAACUUAAAUGACCACCAAAUGUGGAGAAAUCCAACAUGGAGCACAUCAGAUCACACUGUCUCUCAACCUAUGAUGGUGGCUAGAAGAUCGGGCAGCUUUCCGGGCAGCGAAGUAGCAAGUAACAUCUUAUCACCACGCUCAUCCGAGACCAGCGGCCUCGGGGUGAAAAUGGUCGAAUACGUAUUGAGUACUUCGCCGAAGAGAGAAGACCAUCUUGAUGCCAGGAUGCGCGGACUAGUUUUGAACAAUGAAGGAGGCGUGGAAGGUGUUAAAAAAGAUGACAAAAACAAAGGGCAGAAAGAACUUGUUGAAAACGGUAACUGUGGCACAACAGUUGUACAGCAGAAUGGAGGCAUCGUGGUUGUGCAGAAUGGAACCGUUCUUGACGACGACAAAACUUUCAAUGACUCAUCCGUUGCCGGCCACCCUUACUCCGGGAUAACUUCACUUAACAGCCACAUUCUUCAGGAGCGAAUAUCUAUCCGCACUCCUGGGAGUCGACAACCAUCUCCUUCAGAUGAAGAUUUGACUAAAAAUGGUGUUGGUGGAAUGAUGGUUAUAGAUUCAGGUGACACACUGCUCGGGCAGCAAGUACAAAUGGCACCUCCUCCACACCAUCACUUGACAGCAGCAGACUUUUCGCAUCCUUUCCAUACCCCACCUCAAGGUUACAGCGGAGGAACUCAAACUUCUGGACCACCACAACAGCCAGGACCCCCACAAGAAUCUCCCAGCGUAAUGCAGCCUUCAUUUGAUGUACAGCAACUAUUUCGGUCUCAGCAGCAGCAAGCGGCCGUGGCAGGAGCAGCAAACCCGGCCACAGCACAACAGCUUCAAUUACUGCAGCAGCAACAAUAUCUGCAACAGCAGCAGCAGCUCACAGCAGGUCUUCCUGGUGCAACCUUCGCCCCUCCCGCGCCCUACAUUAUCAACCCUCAGGAACCUUACGUCAUAACUGGGCCUACAGUUGUGCCACAGUACUAUGGUGUCCAUGGUGUCCCUUGGGGCGUUUAUCCCGCUAAUAUUAUCCAACAAAGCCACUCAGCAGCCGCAGCCGCUGCCCAACAAAGGCGUCCUCUUUCGCCCACAUCGGCUGCCACGGAAUCAGCUAACAUUCAAACUCAGGUGCAACCCAGUGGGUACCAGAUGAUACCGGCGUAUUACGACCAGAAUGGGUCGAUCAUGGUGACGCGUGGACUCAGUAAUGGAACGCCAACCGUUCGCCUCGUUUCUCCAGCUCCUGUUCUCGUUAAUCAUGCUGCCGCUGCUACAACCCCUGGCUUGCCAGCCCAGACGCCGUCAGGAUCGUUUGGCAACAAUCUAAACUCUGUAACUUCGAGCCUUUCUUCUCUUGGGACAGGCCUUGGACUCGGCUCAGGAAGCUCCGGACGAAGAGAUUCUUUCGAUAGAAACACAUCCGCCUUUUCUCCAUCUUUGGACUAUGGUCGAGCUAAGUGGCCUCAGAAUUAUGGAGCGCUCGGCACGGUGACUGCUUCUCCGAGCCCCCUCGGGCUAGCCUCUGGUUCCUUAACACCACCUCCCGCUCUGGGUUCCUCCUCAAAUCUCCAACUCGGGGCGCUUAUGGGCAACACUUCCUCUCGAACAACGCUACUCUCAGCAGCUCCCGGUGCUGAAGGUAUGUCCAAGUUCCGCUCUAAUGGUACUCUCGCUACUAACGGUGAGUACCUGAAUGGUGCAACAGCCAUGUUUGGCACUCCAACUACUACAUCCUUGUUUGCAAAGCUAGCCAUGCGUCCCAAUUCCUCACUUGCAGGGACCUCAAUGCCUUUAGACCCUAAACCCACUGGACGUAGCAGACUGCUAGAAGACUUCCGGAAUAAUCGCUACCCCAGUUUACAGCUGCGAGACCUGACCAAUCACAUAGUAGAGUUUUCUCAAGACCAGCAUGGCUCAAGAUUUAUUCAGCAGAAGUUAGAACGUGCUACUGUUGCUGAGAAACAAUUAGUCUUUUCCGAAAUCAUUUCCUGUGCAUAUAAUUUGAUGACUGAUGUUUUCGGUAACUACGUUAUUCAGAAGUUCUUUGAAUUCGGAACGCCAGAACAAAAAGCUACUUUGGCGCAAAAGGUUCGAGGUCAUGUCUUGCCGUUAGCGUUACAAAUGUACGGAUGCCGUGUAAUCCAAAAAGCGCUGGAGUCAAUAUCUGGUGAACAACAGGUUGAAAUCGUACGAGAACUUGAUGGACAUGUUCUCAAAUGCGUCAAGGAUCAGAAUGGUAACCACGUCGUUCAGAAAUGUAUUGAAUGCGUUGAUCCUCAUGCGCUCCAGUUUAUCAUCAAUGCAUUCCAGGGACAGGUUUUGUCUCUCUCCACGCAUCCCUACGGUUGCAGAGUUAUUCAACGUAUCUUGGAGCACUGCACUCCUGAGCAAACAGCACCGAUUCUCGAGGAGCUCCACCAGCACACGGACACGCUUAUCCAAGAUCAGUAUGGCAACUAUGUGAUUCAGCAUGUGCUGGAGCAUGGGAAACCAGAAGAUAAAUCCCUCUUGAUCAAUGCUGUCCGCAACAAGGUCCUCGCCCUCUCUCAGCACAAGUUUGCAUCAAAUGUUGUAGAGAAGUGUGUCACAUACUCUACCCGCGCUGAGAGAGCUUUGCUGAUUGAGGAAGUCUGUGGAUUUAACGACAGUGCUCUUCAUGUGAUGAUGAAAGAUCAAUUUGCAAACUAUGUUGUGCAAAAAAUGUUAGAUGUUUGUGAAGCACCACAACGCAAAGUGCUCAUGCACAAAAUUCGACCCCACUUUGCAUCUCUACGGAAAUAUACUUAUGGAAAGCACAUCAUCGCAAAGCUGGAGAAAUUCUUCCUCAAGUCUCCAUCCUCAGUUGUGAAUGACCUCGGACCCAUCGGGCCUCCAACAAACGGUGUCUUGUAAUUGUAUAUCUUGUAAUCUUGUAAAGAAAUUUGAUUCGCUGUCCUGGGAGAUCUCAUGCUCCUCACAUCUGUAAACGCUAAAACUCAGGAGAACUUCAUCUAUAAGUCUAAAUUUCGUAUAUUUUUAAAUCGUGACUGUACAGGCCUUGUGCUAUAUUCUCAGUUGAGCAAGGCUUUUGAGUUUGUAUAAAUUAUUCUGUUCGUUUCUCCUCAAGUUAGAAUUUUAUAAGAAUUGCAUGAAGAAUUUUUAGUAUUUUUACUGUAUUUAACCCAGAACUACGUUGAAUAUUCAGAUCGACAGCUUAAAUCACUCGCUACUCCAUUAAUAGGUUUGUUAUACAAACUAUCGAUUGAAUCAUCAAUGUCUCUUACAUGAAGUUCAUAGAUAGAGUAGACUUUAAAAGCGCUCAAGGCUACUUUUCUUUUUUGAGUAUCCUAUUUCUCCCUUUUAUCUCCAACAUCAAAUUUCUAACCAGCAUAUCAGAUCUAGCUUGCUCAGUGUCAUUCAAAUACUAUACAAAUUUUACCUUGAGCGUAUUUCCCCUUUUUUUUUCUUUUUUUUUCUCCUUUCUUUUAUUCCUAAACACGUAACAUAAUGUUAAUGUCAAUCGACCUUUUUGUUUAUCUCUCAAUUGAUGAACUUGAGAAAUUCAUCAGUUUUAAAAAAGGAAACGUAAAUUUUUAAUUGAAUCCUUCCUUAUUUUAUUCCUGCAGACCUUCUUUCCUUUCAUUUCUCUAAUUAUUACUUUUUAUUAUGAUAAUGAUAUCUCUUUGUAGUGGUAUUAUCAUCCUUAAGAUUAAUUUUAUUUUAAUGAUAUUAUUUAUUUUUGCCAGUGUUUUUAUUACUCUUAUCACUAACUUGUCUCAAAUUAUUAUUGGGUGGUUUCUGAAAGUCUUAAUUUUGGUGUACUCUUAUCAACUCCCCUGUUUUAAUGCACACACCGAUUGUAUUUCAUCCUCUUGAUCUGCUUUGUUUUGACGACGCUGAAAGUUUUAAUGUUUUGUCUGUUCUUGAUUUUCCAUGAAAGUAAAGUGAGCUUGGACGAGACAAGCUACUAUACAGUUUCAAAUCAUUGUUUUCCAUUUCCUUGGUGUUUAUUUUUAUCCUCACAGUUAAUUUCACAUCAAUUUAAUGUAUCCUGUCAGCACAUACAAUCUUAUUUUGAUGUGCACUAGUUAACAUCAAUGUUUCACAUCGUUUAUCUGUGUAACAUCUUGCAUAGUUUGAAUAUUCAACUGUGGGAUUUUCCUAAUCUGCAUGUCUUGUUUCUCCUGUCAAACUUUGUAUCUUCAUGUAAUAGUUUAUAGAACUACCUAAUUGCAUGGUUUUUCAAUGUCUCGUAUGAAUAUUUAACAAUAUGUGGCUAUUAUUGUACUUGACGUGUUUGUCUAAGCAGGUUAAUAUUUAUUCCUUGCCCUCUAUCAAUUAUGUAUAUGAACGUCAAAUUAAGAGUUCUCUCCUAAUUAUCUAGAAUUGUAGUCGAUAGUUUCAAAUUUUCUUCCCAUAGUUUCUUGUUAAUCACUCAGAUCAGUAUUUAGACCACUUUUCACAUCUUUUGAUAACUAUUUUUGGCACUCUAAAAUCAUAGACCAGGAGAAUUAUCCCUAUAAAAUAAUACUUCACUCCCACUGACUAUUACAGGCAAAUAAACCAAUUAGGGUGUCUCAACGACUUUUUUUUGUCAACCUGUAACAAUGGAUGGGGAUUGUACUCUAAUUUCAGUUUUUAUAUCAAAUUUUUCUUCGAACAAAAUUUUAUGUUAAAUCAAAAUUUCCAAGCACUGAACUUAUUUGUAGAAAAAGUAUAUCUCCCUAAUUUGAAAAUGAUCAAUAUUAACGCAUAUAUACAAGGGUCAAAGUAUGUGAAUGUCUGAGUGAAGAUGUCUAUCAAGAGAAGUAACCAUUUUAAGGGGUUUAAAAGCACUUCAGACUCUUAACAACCGAAGUACCUACCAUAAACUUGAAGGCUGGAUUAGCUAUAUCUUCCUCAGGAAAAGUUUAGUCUCUCUGCAUUGUUUCUCACCCCUCCCCCUCCCCCCCCGCUAGUUUUUUGCACGUCGACUGAAAUUUUGCCCUCUAAGUAAAUUAAGUGCAGCUGCCCACCCGAAAGUAGCCUCAUUACCAGGUUUUUUUCAAUGUUUGUUUUGGCAAAUACUUUAAAUUAUUUCAAGUAGCAGGUCUUAUUGUUUGACGUUUUAUCGCUUAGUAACUUCAAUCCCUUAUUUCUGUGACUCAUUCAGAUGUCUAAGUCACUCUUUGAUUUUUGAGUGAACCGAUUUCUGUGGUUUUUUUUUCUCCACUAACCUCGAUUGUUUUGAUUUUUCUGACAUAUGUUCUAAAUUUUAAAUAUCAAUGAAGAGCAUUGUAAAUAGGAAUUUUAAUCGAAAAAAUCUAUCAGCGUAUCACAAGCUCUUAUCUUGAAGUGCUGUCUGAAUUUGCUGUGAGUCAAUAGUCUAGCGAAUGAGACUCUUGAACUUUUGUAUAUUUUUCUUUUUUAAAUCUUUUGUUUUCAAAUUCGACUAAUCGUAUUCGACCCGUUACACCUCUGUUAGAUUGUUACAUUUUUUAAUUUCUCUUCUUGAUUUGUUCCCCCUUUCAUCUGUUUUAAAGUCUCCUUAAAACAUGCUGUAAAAUAUCAAUCAUUGGAUAUGUUAUUUUUAUUGGAAGUCCAGUGAUGAAACUGUAAAUGUAAAAUACUUGUUUAAAUGUAUGAAUUUGAAUUAUAAAGUAAAUAAAUCUAUACAGUUUUUUAUUUGUCUAUUAUCUUUUUUACUCUCUUUUUAAUUGGUAAAUCUGUAGUAAAGUAUUUUGUUGUGAUGCUUUUAAACUGUUAGAAGAAAACAAAAAAUUUAUUGAAAAAUGUAAUUAAUUAUAAAAGUUGUAAAUUAAUUUGUAAAAAAGAGGUACGUAAAAAAUGAAAUAGAUCAUCAAAGUGAAAUGAAUCCACAGUUCAAUUGAAUAAUUUUUAAUUUUUUACUCUUUCAGAGAAUUAUCCGAUAGAAAUAACCCUACAAUUCCAAAAAGAUACCUGUCUAAUUUUGGGACUUUUACUUGUUCUGAUCUCUUUCCAUCCAGAAUGUAAAUUUUGAUUUUCAAUUCCCUACCAUUAACUUAUUUUAUUUCCCCAGUGAAGCAUUUCAAAAACAUUUUUUAUUGAUUUGCCUAGUAUUAUCGUCACUUUGAUUUAUUAUACAAUGGAAGCCAUGCCAUCGUUGAUUUUGCAUAGUAACAUCAUUCAGUACAGUAACAUCAUUCCAAUGUAUCAUCUCUCAUUAAAAUUUAAUUGUGACUAAAUUUUUAAACUGAUUUCAGUCUCUUAAAUCUGCUGAAAGCAAACUCUUGUGAGUCUGCCACAUUAAAUUAUUCAGCACGUAUUGGGCAUGUGAAUUUGACAAUGUUUUUCAGUCUCAUCCCCAUCAACUAAUUCCAUUUUUUAAUCAAGAGGAACUCCCACUUAGUUAGGCAGGUUUCUUUUUAAAUGGAAAAGCAACUCUCCACAAUAAAUUUGAAAGGAAACAUGAGUAUUGUUUAUAUGAUUAUUGUAAAUAUAAAACCUGUAUUUAAAAGAAGGAUUUUAUGGUUUCGAAUAUCAGAGGAAAUAAUUUUGUUGUCCACCUUUUGAUUUUUCAUUUCAUACUAAAACAACCACAGCAAGUUUGCUCACCGGGAAGCUUUCUAUUUUCAGUCAUCUAUAAAACAUUUUUAUUUUUUAUUUUCAGUUCCCCCCCACCAAAAAAUUCCACAUUUACAUAUUACAGUUUUUGCGAUAAAUUUUCCCCAAUCCGUUUCAUGUUCUAAUCAGUCGACACUUGAAUCAGCCUUUUCUACCUUUAUAUUUGUUUCUCCAUUAUCUUCAUCCCUUGUACUAUAGUUUGUAUGAUAAUGUAUGUGUAUGUGUAUACAUGUACAUUUUUGUACAUCUCCUGUUUUCUUUUCUCUCGCUCUUGUAUUUUUUGACAAUACCAAAUCCGUGGCAGUAAAUAAAAUCGACCCCCAAAACCCUAAUAUUCUUUAAGUUUUUGUUUAGAAAGUAAGAUUUUGUAGCUAAUGUAAAUUUUUGUCUUAUUCCAUGAUAGGUUUAGUUUGAAAAUAAUUUUUUCCCCUUUUGUUUUGUUAACUUAUGAUUGUUGUAAUAAUUGAUUCGGCUUAGCACCCUUGACUCAAAGGUUCCUUUUACUGAAUAGAGAGGUUAAAAAAGUUGAAGGUUUUCUUAUGUAAUUCCUUGUCAAUCCAUAAUUUAGUCUGUAUACAGAAUUUAUCUCUGAAAAUUACAUUUUUUUUGCAGCCACACUAAAGCCCUCAAAGUUUUUCAAUGAAGAUGCUGAUUUAUCUCUCUAAGUGAGUCAUCGAUAGAGUUAUAUGAAUACAGCUUUAUAAAACUUAGAAUUUUUUAGAAUUUUCCCAGGUGUUUCACUGUAGGAAAAAUCGUCUUCAGUGAAGAUAUUAUUUUAUAUGUUAGAAUCUACAAGAUGUUGUUCAGUAUUCCAACAUGAACUGCAUCAAAAACUUUACAACUACAGAAACGAGUGAAGGCAUGUUGUUAGUUUUGUGAUUAGUUACAUUUUCAAAAUUGAAAAAGAAGGAAGUAAUUUCCCCUUUUCUUCUUUUUUAAAUCCAAUAAUUUAAUAAUCUGAAUCACCUUGUUUCAUGAUAUAUACACUCUCAAUUUUGUAACGGAGGAAACUUUGAUGUCAAGGAAUGUUUGUCAAAAUUCAAUUUUUGAAAGAGAAAAUGUUGUGCCUUGUGGCUUUGUAGCUCCUAUUAAUUCAAAAGUUAAGACUUGAAGCUUUGUAAAUUGUAUAAAUUGCUAAGUCCCAGAGGGGAAUUUAAUAGAAAAAUUGUACCAUCCUUGCCAGGAGUUCUCCCACUUGAACGGCGAAGUCUUAUUGAAUAUUUCCUCAAUUUAUUUUGGUUUUGCAUUCAAAAUUUCUUUCCGAUCCCAACAUGAAGUCUAUCUUGGUCCAUUUUGCAAGCAUGUAAUGUCAAUUCUUUCUGAAAGAGCUGUGAUAAAAAGAAUGCAAAAGUUACAAGAUUAUUGCAAAGUCUUUGUUUCGUUACUUCCUAUAAAGGGUUCCAUGGUUUAUUUUUGCUGGUAUGACUAGGUGAAAUGAGAGAGAGCAAAUACUAUGCUGUGUCUAGCUACGCUUUGCUGAUUUCCUGUGUGAUCAACUCGGUAUCAGCUUUGUGAUUUUUGUGUUGUUUUUUAAAACAGCUGUUUCAGGUCUUUUUAAUGCUUUUUGAAUGAAAACUUACUUAUCUCUGAAAGUAAGGACUCCCUGUUUUUCCUAAUCAUACACGGAGUAAAGUUUUUAUCAUAUUAGCUUUAAGUAUACUUCAAAAUUGCCCAGGUAGGCUUUACUGCAUUUGCUGUUGAGGAGUGUCUCUUUCACUAAUGAUAGGUAAGCCAAGCUAUCAGCUAAUUCUGGUGGUAACUUGCUUAACUCACGUACCUUCUUUUUGUCAGGUACCCCCAAGAACGCUGAUCAAAAGUAAGGGAUAUUGUUCUGUCUAUCCAAUAAAGCAGUUACCUAUAUUUCAGAAUCAGCUUGCUCUUGUGACUAGCCAAUGUUUCAACAGGUAUCGUACAUUAUUGUCAAUCGUAUCUUAUCAUAUGAAGAUCUUCAGGAAUGCAUUUCAUCUCCCAGAAAGAGGUAUUUCUCGAAAAUUAAAUUAUUAAUCACUACACAGCAGAACUUUCUAUCAGGUGAUCCUUAGUCAAUAGGGACGAGACUAGCUACCUUGGUGCUAUGCAGUGACCACCCGUUCAGAACUUAGCACUGAGACCUUGAAAAAAUUAUCCAUGCUAUUUGUUUUUACAAUAACUUUUCAAUUGAACUUUAAAAAGUACAUUUUCCUUUCUCAUUAUUUUUGUUUUUCAGUAUGUCUCAUCCCUGAAAACUCAAUUUCCCUGAUAAAUUUUCAUGGUGACGGUGUCUUUCGUCAAAAAUUCCGUAAGAAAUCUCAACUUAAUUUUUCUCCACCAGUAGAUACUAUCUCUUAAUGGUUUUAAGAUUCCUGAAGUCUUCAACUGAGUUCUGAUUUUAAGUCAUUAUUCUCCUCGUUAUGCUAAUGUAGAUGAUUCUUUAUGAGAUCUAGGUGUAUAAUUGUAUUUUAAUUUAAAGAGUAGAUGCACAGAGCUUUGCUCACUGGCAAAUCCUGUCUAUUGGUAUUGUUUAGUAAUACUAUUUUACUUUCUUUCUAGUAUAAUUAGUUUAUCGGCCCUCUGAAUUCCUUUUGUUAUUCAAAAUAAAAGGUUUUCCCUUUCAUGUUUUCAUCUCUUUAUCAGUUUUAUUUUCUCUUUAAUUUAGGCUAGUUAAAAAUUUAGCUAUUGGAAAAUGUAGCACCUACAGUAUGUAUACAUCAAAUUAUCUGAAUACAAGGUAUCCCAACACAUUUUUACAGGGCGCUCGUCGAGUCAUCCUGUGUCUCAAUAAGCAUUUGGAUGUUGCGCUGAAUUUCAACGACCUAACUAGUCAUAAACGGCUCAUUGACUAGACCAGGGUACCACUGCAUUUAUUCAGGUAAUUUGGUGUCAACUGUAUUAUUGAUUAAAAAUAUCGGAUUUUAACAAAGAUCGUUCUUUCCGCUUCAUCAUGUGAUGUUAAACUUUGAAUAUUUGAGGGCAACAGAAGAUUCAGUUGUAAUAGGUACCUUCAGUGCUUUGCCUUUGGUUGAAUUUGCGAGGCGGCUUGUUUUGAUUUUGUACUCAGGCUCAUACUGUGGAAGAUUAAUUUUUUUUUUUUUUUUAGAAAUUUACAAGUUGCUCAAGCCGAUCGCAGGAUUCAAAAUUGCACUUGUAUGAGGUAUGCACUAUUUAGUAAUGUUUGGCUACUUUAGUGGCACCUUCAGUAGUGGCAGCUUUUAGUAAUUAUAUUUUUGACAGCAUUUAUCUAAAUUAGCCAUUUUCUUUGUUUCGAAAAUUUUCUGUUUGAUCACUGUAGAUAUUCGACUUGUCAGGAAAUAACAAAAAUGAUUAAUUGUAGCGGCUCAUUAGAAAAAGUGAAACAGAGAACAAGAUUUUCACAGCUGUAUAUCUUGUGCUGCUGCUCUAAGGUGGUAGAAGAUUACAGCGAUGAAAAUAGGGUAGCUAAAAAUUUUCUUUUAAAUGUGUUAUCGUCAUUACACUUAAUUUCUCUGUUCAGCUUGUGAUCAUGUCAGGGUUACUUUAGGUAUUAAUGUCAUUAAUUCCCUACUGCUACAAGUUCGUUUACAAAAUCAUAAAUAGGUUGCUCUUGCAUCUCAUAAAGAUGCUCCGUAUCUAUAAAAAAAACAAAAAAAACUAGAAGUAACAAAAAUUCGUUGGUUUGCAGUUGUAAUUUAAACGCAUAAAAAAUUUGGACCAGUCAUGUAAUUAAUUUUUGUACAUUUUAGUAAACUCAUAGUGAUUUCUCAUCCUAUUAAUUUAAUUUUUUAACUAUUGAAAGCCCCCUUUCUAUGAAGAAAGUGUACAGAAAUUUUUUCUCUCUCCCUUCCUUAUCGCGCUUUAAUUAAUUUUAUGAACAUUUGAACUUAAUUUUGUGUACAGUGUAUCAACUUAAAUUACUUCUCACCCCAUGUAAUUAAUUUUCUCCUUCUUUUUCAUUUGAUAUAAAUAUUAUAUAUAUAUUUUUUUUUUAACUUGUUCAUUCAAUUUUUUUUCCUUUGUUAAAUCUUCUCAAAAUUUAAAUCAAGUGAUUAUUUUCAGUGGAGUAUUGUUAAGAAAUCUUUUGUAAAAAUAAAUGUUCUUUCUUUGUAAUCUAUUCUGUUUCAUAGUUGCGAGACAACCUGAGAAAGAAGUUUCAAUUUUUUUGUUUACACUAAAAGCUGUACUUCAAAUUUGUGAAUUUUGUAAUGCAACUUGGUGUGUUCCGAGUACGGAUUGAGAAAACACAUUAGAAUUGCAGAAAUUUUCUGUGGCAGAAUCCUCUCUUUUAAUGUAUUUACACUGUAAACAGGUGUUGAUGAAUUUUAGAAAUAAAUUGAAAACUGCAAACUACGUGAAUCCUGUACGGAAAUUGUUUUAAAAAUGUUAUUUUACUUAGCCCUCUGUAAAUAAAAUCUGUUGGAAUCAGAUUCAUCAGCAAACUAAGUCACUCAAUAGAUCGGGCGUAAAAUUAUGAAGGUGAUCAGUUUUAGAUUUUCGAAGUUAUUUUUUAAUUCUUAUAUUUCAUAAUUGUUAUAUGAAAAUAGUUGUAUGAUAUUACUAUAAAUUGUUGAAACGUAAUCGCAAAGAACUUCCUACAAGUGUAAGAAGAAUGAUUUCAAUGAAAUCUGCGCAUAAAAUUGUAUCAUUUCAUGUGUGGUCCUAUUUAUGUCUAUUAUUUAUUAUUUUUAUUCAAUUUUUAUUUUUUCUUUGUCUUAAUAAAUUUGUAUGUAAUUAUUUU